AUGACAAUGCAAAUCAUAUUCUGUAACUAUAUAAGGGAGGGUCAGUUCAGUGGAUCACUCAUGCACUCUUCACUCAGCCAGAUGGAAGUCCUUUGGAAGCUCGUCUUCACUGUUGGUCUGCUCGGCUCACUGUGUGAGGGCAGUAUAUCCUGUAAAAAUGAGGGUGGUGCUGACGUAGACUGGUUUAUUCUGUACAAGAAGAAUGAUGGUUUUAAGUAUGUUUACACUGAUUCAAAGGACCAGAACCUGAAAAAAGGUAACAAGGAUAUCAACGACCAAGCAGGUGUCCUGGCACAUACCCUGAAGCCGUACUUUGAAAAUUAUGAUACACCUUCACCAGAUUUAGAAUUUAUUGCAUACAAUGAUCAACCACCACCUGACGAUGAAACUGUUGGUCAAUCAUAUGGCCACAGCAAAGGAGUCGUGAUGAAGGAUAAUAAUGCUGUAGUCUGGCUUUUACACAGCACACCAAGAUUCCCCUUCAGCGGCGAAAAAAAGGAUUUCUAUCCUGAAAAUGGGGAAACAAAUGCACAGAUAUUUCUCUGUGUAACACUGGAAUCUACAGAGUUUAAAGAAAUAAAUCAACACCUCAAAGAUAUCAAAGCUUAUAGAUUUGAGGAGAGCCAACCUGAAAAAAGAGCCAGACGUACUUCUGUCUCCUCAUACUCCAACGUCUUAAAGUCAAAGGGGGGUCAGGAAUUUAAACGCUUUGUUAAAAACAUCUCAAAGGAUCGUGAUGCUAAAGUAGGAGAUCUUUAUGUGACCAUCGCUGAUGAACUGAAGAGUAAUUUGUACAUCCAGACCUGGAGGAGCAGACCUGACUGCAUUUCUGAGACUAACAAAGGACACGAGCUUUACAAUAUUGUGUCAGUAAAAACUUCUGUAGGUGAAUGGAAACAUGGAAGGGAUCAUUCCAAAUGGUGUGUUUCUGAAAGUGGAGACUGGACAUGUGUUGCUGAUUCAAACAGAGAAGAAUCCCAGUUUGCAAGACCUGGUGGUGCUCUGUGCAUUAACAGUAAACCUGUGACAGAGGCAUUCAAGGAUCUUAUAAGUAAUGUAGGAAAUAGGAAAGCUUCCUCCGCUGGUGGCAGCCCCCCCCCCCAAAAAGCAAAAGUUUAGGCCCAGGUUAACACCCUCAGUCCUGUUUUCCAUCUACAUUUACUUUGAUUCUAUUGUAAAUCCAUUUCAGAUUAAAGUGACACUGAGUGAAAGAAGCCAUCUAUGUCCACUGUGAACAACCAUCAUUGAACAGAGGAGGUGGAUUACGUCACCAACUUUCCCCCGCGUACAGUGCUGUCCUGAGCUCCCUU